AUGUCCAAGAUGGCGGAGGAGAAGGCGGCGGCCGUGGGCGGACUCGGAGGAGCCGGGGCGGCGGACGCAGCGCCGGCGGGGGAGGCGGCGGCGGCGCGGGUGCGGCCCUUUGAGACUCUCCUGCGCGCGGCCCCGCUGGGGCUGUGCGUGGCCGCCAUGACCGUCAUGCUCCGUGACCAGCAGAGCAACGAGUACGGCACCGUCGCCUACUCCGACCUGGGGGGCUUCAAGUACCUCGUCUACGCCAACGGCCUCUGCGCCGCCUACUCUCUGGUGUCCGCGUUCUACACGGCCGUGCCGAGGCCCGCCACCGUGUCGCGCUCCUGGGUCGUCUUCCUCCUCGACCAGGUGUUCACGUACCUGAUCCUAGCGGCAGGUGCGGCGGCGGCGGAGCUGCUGUACCUCGCCUACAACGGCGACAAGGACGUGACGUGGAGCGAGGCGUGUGGCGUUUUCGGCAGCUUCUGCCGUCAGGCGCGCACCUCUGUCGCCAUCACCUUCGGCACCGUGCUCUGUUUCAUCCUCCUCUCCCUCAUCUCCUCGUACCGCCUCUUCAGCGCCUACGAGGCGCCUCCGUCUUCGGCGCUCGGCAGCAAGGGCGUCGAGAUUGCCGCAUACCCACGCUGA